UCCCAUGGUUUGAAUUGGGAAUGAACUCUUCUGAAAUAUCAGGACAGAAAUCUUUUUGUUCAACAUGGACGACAAAAGACGCCGAGCCCGGGUGCAAGGAGCCUGGGCUACUGCUGCCAAGAGCCAGGGUACUGCCCAGCCAGGUACUACUGCUAGGAACCAUCUUUCCCAGACACCGGGGCAGGCCUGGAGGACCAAGGAUCAGCAACUGCCUGACAGAGAGUUUGUAUUCAAAGAACCUCAGCUGGUUGUGCGGACAGCCCCAGAACCCAGAGUGAUUGACAGGGAGGGUGUGUAUGAGAUCAGCCUGUCACCCACAGGUGUGUCUAGGGUGUGUCUAUAUCCUGGCUUUGUGGACUUGAAGGAAGCUGACUGGAUAUUGGAGCGCCUUUGUCAAGAUGUCCCCUGGAAACAGAGGAUGGGCAUCAGAGAGGAUAUAACUUAUCCGCAACCAAGACUUACAGCAUGGUAUGGAGAGCUUCCUUACACUUACUCAAGAAUCACUAUGGAACCAAAUCCUCACUGGCAUCCUGUGCUGUGCACUCUGAAGAGCCGCAUUGAGGAGAACACUGGCCACACCUUCAACUCCUUGCUGUGCAAUCUUUACCGGGAUGAGAAGGACAGUGUGGACUGGCACAGUGAUGAUGAACCCUCACUGGGGAGCUUCCCCAUCAUUGCAUCACUUAGUUUUGGUGCCACUCGGACUUUUGAGAUGAGGAAGAAGCCCCCACCUGAAGAGAAUGGAGACUAUACAUAUGUGGAAAGAGUGAAGAUACCACUGGAUCACGGGACCUUGCUAAUCAUGGAAGGAGCCACACAAGCAGACUGGCAGCACCGAGUGCCCAAGGAAUACCACUCCAGAGAACCGAGAGUAAACCUAACCUUUCGGACCAUUUAUCCAGACCCUGGAGGAGCAUCCUGAUGAUGGGGCACAUCUGCAAAGCUGGCCACUGAGAUGGGGGGCUGUGCAGCCCCUCCCCCCACUCCUGGAAGAACUUUUAGAGGCUGCUCCACACCCUCUCUUUGUGUGGCUGUUUGGAAAUUGUGGAGUUUGCCUCCCUGGUCCUUGUCCUUCUGCAUGACAGCUACCAGUGCUUCAUGUUGCCAACAUGUCUACUAAGGGCACAAAUUUAGACAAAUCUCUAAAUCAAGGGUUAUCAUUAAACAGAUUGAACACUGCUGUGACUGCUCACAGAUGAUUUGGGCCAUCAGCUCUUUUCUUCCUGCCCUCCCCCAUUAAUCUGAAGAAAUACAAAUGUCCUUGAGCCUCUCGGGAAGAUCUGAGCAUGUUUGUUCCUUAUGACGUUAGCAAAAUGGAGAUAUAAAUACAUGUCAGUGACUCUGGAGCCUUCCACAGGCAGACAGCUGCUGAAACCCAAACAGAGGUGGCUUCUCUGGGCUUUGUUGAAGUCUUCCUUGACUCCUUAACUUCUUGGCUUAUGUGUUAUUGUAAUGGAAAGCUGUGUGUUCAGGAACACUGUUUAUUCAGCUGAAUCUCCCAGCUGUCAGUCUUCCUGGGGCACACUUAGGCUACAGGCCUCUGAAUAAAGAGAAGGCAGCUUUGCUGCUCCUUCCUAUACCCCAGGUAGUCCUACCUGGAAAGACAAUGCUGUCUCCUGGAAACAAGGAAUAACUGGGUGUCAGGAAACCAGGCUGCAGUUUUGGUUGAAGAACAGCAAAUGCCCUGUUAGUAACAGCUGUUCCAAUGGAUUAGCUUCCCCUGGAGAUUUCCUUGAGUCAUUUAAACCCAAGCCAGAUAGAAUCUGAGCAGCCCUGCAGGGAAUAGCCUGGAUGACCUCAUGGUUCUUCUACCUUAGAUUUCAGAAGCCUGUGACUAAGGCCCUUCUGACUCAGUGUUCCUUUUUACUGGCUGACCAAGUUCAGGGUUUAGCCUGUGAUGUCACCAAGGUUUCCAAAACAGAAUGGGGUAGCUGCCCCUUGUUGCAUCAUAAAAACACAUGACUCUUUGACCUAG